AUGCCAGCUGGAAAUGUGUUUGAUACAAAAAAUCCAAUCAGUAGCAAAAUCAGUAAAAUUAUCGAGUUUACCACCCAAGCUGAUGAGAGUUUCUUUGAAUGCCUAAGAGUUUUGUCAGAAUCAUACACAUCUAAUAAUGUGCGUUCACGACGUAACUUGCGAGGAACGAUUGAAACGUCGAGAUUAAAUCUGGCUGAAAGAUUUCUGCAGGAAAUGUCGUCAAUGGAGAAGGCAUCAAAAUCUCGUAUGGAAGAGAUGAUUAACGAAACAAACGUCAAUCAAGCUAGAAAGAAUUCAGUAAUGCUGACACAUCUAGCUGCAAAUGCACUUUUGAGCGCAUUUCAUAUCCCUCCAGAAGAUUGGUCUCUUGUUACCGAACAAAUCAACAGUGAAAACUCCAGUAUUUUAAUUGCAAAACUUGAAAGAGCUAAAAGUAUUCGACAACUUAUUAUCAAUACUAUGGGAGUUCCUUCUAUGCCACUAGUUAAGGAUUUACUGGACUCAUCAACAACGUACAUUGACAAAGCGUUUACAUGUCUCUAUCAUUGGAUCAAAAGAGAAGUUAGUACCCAAAACUUUGAGGCAGUUGAAAUAUCAAUACCUUUCAGAAAAUGCCUAAAGCAGUUGCAAGAGCGUCCGAUUUUCUUCAAGUACAUCCUUGAUGAAUAUGCAAAUGCUCGAAGACAACUAAUUGUGGAGGCUUUUCUUCGGGCUUUGACAAUUGGAUUGAAUCAAGUUGAGGGCUCAACCAAGCCGAUUGAACUACAGUCACAUGAUCCUGCGCGCUAUGCUGGUGAUAUGUUGGCAUGGCUUCACCAGGCUACAGCCUCUGAGAAGGAGUAUCUUCGAUCAUUGACCUCUGAGAAAGCUGAUAAGGAACUGAUCUACGAUUGCUUAGACAAUAUAACCAGCGGUUUGGCUCAUCCUCUUCAACUCCGACUUGAGCAAAUGCUAGUAACUGAGUACAACUCCGUAAUCCUCUAUAAAAUUAACAAUCUCCUCCACUUCUACACCAGUGUCAUAUUGAAUCUCUUGAAUGAGAAAUCGACUCUCUAUACAACAUUGGCAGAACUUCAGACCCUGAGUUGGAACCUGUUUGUCAAUGCUUUACAGCGACAGACUUCUGAGAUGUUAUCUGAUGUGGAAUCUCCAAGGCAUGAUUUGAUGCCCUCUACGUCAACAAUGGACGUGACGCGUUUACUAGAAGCUGUUUUAACUAUUCAAGAUAUGUCCUGCGCUUUAUCGGACGUGCAACAGAAUAAAUCCGAAGAGAUUGUCUCAGUUGUGGUCAAACCCUUGAUGGAACACUAUGAGCAGAUGGCUCAAUCAUUCCUUGGCCCCCAAUCAGUGCAGAAAGACUUGUCCCCUGAAGGACUAGUCUAUCUCCUAAAUAGUCUUCACUCCCUUCAUGGAGCUCUUGCAAGACUUGCUUUUACUGGAGCUCAAAUUGCUGCGGUUGCAGAGAGGAUGGAGGAAGUCCUGACGUCGAUGACUCAAGCUCAAACUCUCCAUAUUUUGACCAGUGCUGGACUGCAUAGGAUCUAUGAUGCUAUUAACUCUUCACAAGGUCAUGAAGAUGUUUCACUAGCUCAGAGAAGCAUCCCCGGAUGUUCUCAAGAGGAAAUUGUCGAUGCAUUGAGAGAAUUCAACGCAACCUAUCUCUCGAGUCCUGAUACCUGGGAACUACCUGAGGCAGCUCAAAUCGCAUUUCCACGUCCAAGAAAUGCUCUGAGACGUAGAACUGCAGAUCUUGUCCAUUCGGUAUACGUAAGAAUCUAUGAAAAGAUUACGAACCCCAAAUCCGGUUACACAAAUCCCUGGCCCGAGGAUGUAAAAACCCCUAUACAAGUUGCUGACCUAUUACUUCCUUCAUCCACUAACAAUACACCCGCUGCACAUUAA